AUGGGCCAUCAUCACGAUGAUAUUGAAAAUGUGCCGAUCACAACUCCUCCACCAUACAAUGAUCCAGCAAAUGCUGUUGCCAAGAAGAAGAUGUCCCGAAUUCGCAAGGAAUCGUUGUCGCAUUUGAAAGCUUGCGAUCAUUGUGGAGCAUUGCCAGAGGCACAAUUGAAAAAUGCGCCACAUGAGAAAGGUACGGUAUUUCUGAAUAUUUUUUCGCAAAAAUGUUUAGUUUCUCACGUAGCUUGUUUAAAUUUCUGCUAAAGAAUUUCUAGUAUUAAAUUUUUAAAUUUUAUAAUUCAAAAAUAAAAAGUUCAAAAAUACUGUAGACGAACUUUUAUCAUAUUACUUUUCACUUGAGAAAUUUGAAGUUUUGAACUAUUCUAUGAUCAUGUGAAAAUAUUUAUUUGAUUUUUUUGUUUAAAAUCAGGUUUCGGUUCCACUUUCAGGAAUUCUUUCAGGUCUUAUGAUUAUAUUUCAUUUAUCUUUUUCCCGAAAAAAACCAAGUUUUCUCAAUUUUCAGUUUUGAUUUGGCCAGCAGUUCGCCCAGUUAACCACAUUCAUCAAGAUUCUCGUCAAUUUAUUGGUUAUGUUCUUGUUAUAGCCAUUGUAAUCUUCCUUCUUUUUGCUGCUUGCAAAUAUUUACCAUGA